AUGUCAGCACAAAAGAGAAGGCCGCAGCAGCCUCACUACCAGUCACAGCAGCCACAGCAUCAAUACCAUCAAAGCUUUCCACAUCAAUACGCUCAAGAUCCCAACUACGCACCUUUCCGACAACAGCAAGUCUACUACCAUCCGCAACAAUAUCCUUCCGCGGACCCCUACGUCUCUGCUUCCACCAGCCCAUAUUCACAGCAUGCGCAGUAUCAGAACGCCUUGUACCCGCCUUAUUCCCAGCCCUACGCUCCAUCAUCGACGAGUGUGGGCUACCAGAAUGCCAUCCCGGCUACGUAUCCUCAGAGCGGUUACUUGGGCGCUGCCGACUACACAGCCACGGGGGACCUCUCUCCAAGCCAUCUCACGCCAGGGUCCGUGUCCUCUGGUCACAGUCCCAGAGUCAGCGCAGGCCGCUCCCGCCUCAACACGUUUGUCUUUCCUCAAGGUGCAAGUCCCAGUCUCGAGUCGCAGGUGGCUCACCUGAAUCUGAUCGCUCCAACCGCCUCGCUGCCGAACAAACCUGCGCCAACAUCCCGGCCUACUUCUGACAUGGCAUCUUUGCCCUCAAAUACCCAAUCGGCGAGCGGCGCGGACGAGUCUCGAUCUAAUAUCUCCCUACGAUAUCCGCCGCUGCCGAGCGUCCCUGAAAGACAGGCUACACCGCCUCUACUACGGUCGGAUACGUCGGCUCCGAGCGAUGCGGAAACCGCAAAGACCUCGAGCUCCGAGACUGCUGGACUUGACUCAUCGGUGCUGGAAUAUGUCUCAUCGCUGCGCUCCAUGGUCGAAGCAUAUGAGAAGCGCGACGACUUGCUGCGUUUGCGAACCGAAGCAGUAGGAUUCCAACCGAAGCAAGCCUGGGCAGCAUGGCAAUCUGCCGACAAGAACGAUCCGGAUGAGCCAAACAAAGAUGCUACAACCAACCCCGAGGCCCUUUCAAAUCCCAUCCUAGGCGUGCGUCUUUUGCAGCGGUUGGACAAACUUCAGCGCGAAAACGACGAGCUUGGCCGCCUACUCUCUUCUGGUGCCAGCCUCGACUCCAACAGCACCGCAGGCGAAGCAGAAGAGCUGCGCAAAGAAGUGCAAGACUGUCAUCGACUCAUCCAAGCCAUGGAUAAAGCGUUGGGCAGCGCUGAAGCCAGGGCAGUUGCGUCGGAGCGCGCGUUGGAGGUGGCGUGCCGAAACAACUCCACUGCCAUGGUGCCGGGUAAGCAUGCGGCUGAUGGCGUCGUCCCACCGGCGACCACGACGACUGCAGAAACGGACGACAAAAAGCCGUCGAGCAGGAACGCAUCCGCUACAAGAAGAGGCUCGAAACCCACGGCCAAAUCUACCAAUACAACAGGCGGCAGCAAGAACAGCGCAGCGCAGCAGCAGCGCAAUACCAGCAGCAAGCCAAACAACGCAGCCAAAUCCCCUGGGACCUCCGGCAGCUCCGCCCCCAAGUCGACGCAAAACGACAAUCCCGCACCACCACCACCAUCCACCGACGCCAAACAGACCAGGAACGGUCCCCCUCGAACAUCAGCCAAAAGUGGCAAAUGA